GCGCUGAAUUUCCCUCGCGCGACCGUUGGCAGGAAGCGCGCGUCGGUUGGUGCAGUCAGGAGGUGGAGGCCGGAUGUGUCACAGGAAUCGCUUCUUGUGCACUAAUAAACAGUAUAUCUUUGUGUCAGGCGACGGAAAACAAAACAUAUUUAGCUAAAUUGCUGGUUGGAGGGAUUGCACUGAGUGUGCACUAUGUUACGAACCGUUAUCUCAUCUUCUGAGACUUGAGUUGGUUUCAAGCGAAAGCGAACGGUCACGCUGCCUGUGUCCUUUCUGCAUCUGCCAUGAUUGCCAUUCGGAACCAGUUGCAGAAGGAUUUUUUCACACCACAGGAAGAAAGGUUGUUGGGCUUGUUGUAUGCCUGGAAGGCUGGAAAGAAACGGAAAAAUUGCAUAUUAUGUGCCGCAGUGUCAACUGAUCGUCCAUAUCAAGCUUCCCUUGUGAAAUUUAAAAAAGCUGAUAAAGGUGAUGCAUACAAACAGGUGGCAUGGUGGUCAUUUGAGGAUCUUCUUGUAGUUGACGGAAAGGAUGCAGAUAAGGAUAACCCUGAAUUCGAUUUGCAGUUUGAUAAAGUAUAUAAGUGGAUUGCCAGCAAUUCUGGAGAGAAAAAUAAUUUUAUGUCCUGUCUCUACAAGCUCAAUCGACGCUAUAUGCACAGCAGAAUUAAGUUCAUAAACAUCAGUUCUCAGAUUUUAGAAGAGUGUCUGCGACCUCCAGUUGAAGAGCGAACAAGUGAGCCUGUUGAAGUAGAGGACGUAGAAGAAAUUGGUGUUUAUGAAGUACUCACACCAAAAGAGGCACUUGAUGUAGAAAAAAUAAUGGAACAGUUUGACCAGUCUAUUUCUAAUUCCGAAGCUUUUGCAGAGAAGAUGAGCAAAGAUCUCCAUGUAUUAGAUGAGGCAAACAUACGAUCAAUCAUUGUGUCUGAGAAGCAAGUAACUGAACUGAUGGAGUUGAUCGAUGUGAGUCUUGUUGAAGUGAGAAGCAUUGAGCAGACCCUUCAGACCUAUGAAGAACUGCUACAGAGUGUUAAAGAACAGAUGGACCAUAUUCACAGGAGCAAUUAUCAGUUACAAGCCAUUGAUUGUAACCAACAAAAACUGUUAGAGGAAGUAAUUUUUCUUGUGGACAAGUUGGACCUUACUGAAGAGCAUCAAGAGGCUUUAAGGACUGGUGAUCUGUCCACACCUGAGAGCUUACAGGCUUGCAUUGCUGCUGUUGAAGCUUUGAAUAAUUGUAUGAAUGUUAGGUUAUUACCAGGCCAUCGGAAGCUACAAAGUGUUGUAGAACAAUUAAUAACGUUUGAAAACUUGCGACAACUGUUUGAAAGUCGAUUCAUACGGCAUAUUAACAAUAUAUUUGUGCUACAGGGAAAUGACUCAAGUGUUAGCUUGAUGCAGCAGACUGGAGAACUGAUCUUCCCCAAACAUAAAUUUUAUCAUGAUGAAUUGUUACCAUAUAAUCCUUUAAUGGCUUGGCUAAAAAGCAGCAACCCUGUUAUUUUUAAUGACUUGUCUAAGGUAUAUACUGAAAGCAUUAGAAAACUUUAUGACAAACAAAUCAAAGAAUUCUUUGAUUUACUGAAGUUUAAAUUGACUGGGAUAAAGGAUGGCAUGAAAUUCAAGAUUCAGGAAAGUUUUGAAAAGCUGACUGCUUCCACAUCCAAUCUGCAAAAAACAUUUUUCAGAAAUUCUUUAUAUGAGCAUUUAGAAUCAGAAACUGACUUAACAGAUCGUGGAAUCCUGGACAAGGCAAAGGAUGACCAGGACAGAGAAUGGAGCACUUCCUCGUAUUGUACAGAGAUCAUAGAUCAGGUACUUGCGGAAUUGGCACCUGUAUGCAUUGCAGAGGAAGAGUUUAUCACGAAAUUCUUUAUGUUAAUGGAAGACACAUACAGUGAAACACCACAGUUGCUGGGAAGUAAAAGUGAUCUUACGGCAGUGAUUAACCAAGACUCAACAGAGAGAGUACGGAUUUAUCGGAGUACUCCAGAGCAGGAAGAUCCAGGAAUAAGUAAUAAACGAAAAAUGAUGAAUGAAAUCUUCAGUACUCUUGAACUAGAUCUGAGAGGCUUUGUAAACCUUUGUGAUAAGAUCAACCCAUCCAACACCUUGCAUUUACUGGUAAUAAUGAGCCAGCAUGCACUAGCAGCUCAAGAUUCUGACACUCCGUCCUUUAUCAAAUCUACAUUUGGAAAUAGUCUGGUGCAUGUCAAACGCAACUUUGAUAAAUGCAUUUCUGGUUUGUGCAAACAAAUAGAAGAAGCUAAGGUUCCAAAGAAGACCAAGAUUGGUAUUCUGCCAUUUGUUAUUGGAUUUGAGGAGUUCUUAACUGUUGCUGAAGCCAUCUUUAAGAAUGCUGAGCGAAGAGGCGAUCUGGAUAAAGCUUACAAUAAAUUAAUUGCAGCAGUCUUCACCAGCGUUAAAAACGUUGCCUUAAUGAAUUUGAAGAUUCCUCCAGAUGUUGUCAUCAUGGAGAAUUUUCACCAAAUCUACUGCUUCCUCUCUGAAAUGAAGAUCAACAGUCUUGAAGACAGAAAAAAGGAAGCCUACCAACAAUACUCGGAACAUCUUAACCUCUAUGUUACUAAAUAUCUGGGACAGCCAUUGGAGAAACUAAAUAUCUUCUUUGAUGGGGUGAAAACUCGUAUUGCACAGGGGGUCAAAGCGGAUGAAAUAAGCUAUCAACUGGUAUUUAGCAAACAAGAAUUAAGGAAGGUGAUUGAAAAAUAUCAAGGUAAAGAGGUGAAGAAGGCUCUGGAAACCCUCUACAAAAAAGUUCUAAAGCAUCUGAGUGAAGAAGGAAACCUGCUACAGGUGGUAUGGUGCACAAUGCAGGGAGAAUUUGUUCGUCAGUACAAGCAGUUUGAAGAAAUGAUUGCUCGAUGUUAUCCGGGCUCUGGCAUAACCAUGAACUUUAGUAUAGAGGAUAUACUACAGUAUUUUUUGGAUAUAACAAAGUCAAACUGACAGCAAACUGAUUUAAUAUUCAAGCAUCUACUCAAAUGUAUAUUUCUUCAAUUCCCAGAAUUGCAAGUCUAGUUGGACAACAUUUUAAGGUUAAGCCUAAACUUGAAGUUAAGGUUUUACAUUUCUAAAGCAGAAUACCAGGCUAUUUUAAUUACUUUAACAUUUUUAAAUUCUUUUUUUCCCUCUGGUUAUGACUUCAGAUUUAACCCUUGCAAACCUUUUAUAGCUUUACAACAUAACUCUGAAUUUACCGAUGUGUGCCUGAAAUUGCUCUUUUAAUAUUUUAGUAGAGACAAUAAACCAUUUAAAGUCAGUGUUAGAUGCUCAAGUACAAUGAGGCUGAAAUUUGGGGGCUUGUGCCAUUGUUCUAUACCACUCCAGAACCUAACAGGUACUUAACUUUGCCAGUGUUUUAUUGCUUCUGCAAGUUCCUUGAUGGUCGAGUAAGGAGUUCCAUCCCUAUCUAGAGCACCCCUACCAGUAGAAACAGGUCAUAAAACUAAUGGUUUCUACAAAGACUUCUGCUUGGAAGCAACUGGGCAUAAAAUCAAAGGGAGAAGGUAGGAUCUACUGGCCGCAAUUCCCAAUACAGUUUAACCAAAGGAGGUGAAAUCCAGCUGAGUUGAAUCGUGAACCCCAAAAAAUGUUUUCUUUCUCAAACUUAGUAGCAAACCCCUUUAUAAAUCAGACUUCCUCAUUUUGUUUAUGUGACAACUAACACCUUCCUUUACUCUCCAUUAAGUCGGGCUGCAUACCCUAAACCUUGAAGCUUCUGAUUGCUUAAGUACCCCUUACUGCCAAAUGCUCAUCUUUCCUCUUCCUGAAUUUGGGGUAAAUGCUAGCACAACGCCAGCACUUAGGUUAUUCAAUAUAUGCUUUACCCUUGGUGUGCAAAAAUAAGAUUUCAAAAAGAAACAACAUGGGGCACCAGACAGUGGUUCAUUUAUGCAUUGCUAAAAGUCCUGAACCACACUGAUUCUUUAUGAACUCUAUCUUUCCAUGUGUUACAGUUUCAGAUGUAUUUGUUAAAUAAAUCAGUAUUGCUAUGCUUAU